AUGCCGUUGCAAACUGAACUUACCCGCCGACUCGGCAUCACAGUGCCCGUCGUUCAGGGUGGCAUGCAACAUGUAGGAACAGCCGAGCUGGCCAGUGCUGUAUCCAAUGCUGGUGGUUUGGGUAUCAUCACUGCCUUGAUCUGGCCUGAACCUGAGGGUCUCCGUCAGGAAAUUCGCAAGUGCAAGAAGCUGACGACGAGGCCAUUCGCCGUCAACAUCACUCUUCUGCCUGCCCUUGUUCCCCCCGACUACGAGGCUUACGCCCAGGUUGUCAUUGAUGAGGGUAUCAAGAUCGUGGAGACUGCUGGCAACUCUCCCGGUCCCGUCAUCAGCAAGCUCAAGAAGGCUGGCGUCAUCAUCCUCCACAAGUGCACCACCAUCAGACAUGCUCAGUCUGCGGUGAAGCUUGGUGUUGAUUUCUUGAGCAUCGACGGUUUCGAAUGCGCUGGCCACGUCGGUGAGUCGGAUAUUACCAACUUCAUCCUCCUUAGCAAGGCCCGUCAGACUCUCAAUGUCCCCUUCAUUGCCUCGGGUGGCUUCGCCGACGGCCAAGGUCUCGCUGCUGCGCUCAUGCUUGGCGCCUGCGGCGUCAACAUGGGCACUCGCUUCCUCUGCACUGUCGAAGCCCCCAUCCACCAGAACAUCAAGGAGGCGAUCGUCAAGGCGCAGGAGACGGAUACCGCGCUCGUUCUCAGGCGCUGGCGCAACACCACCCGCCUCUUCAAGAACCAGGUAGUGCGGGAUGCCCUUAAGGUGGAGAAGGAGAGCAAGACGGGGGAGUUCUCUGAAAUUGCCCCUUACGUCAGUGGAAAGCGUGGCAAGGAGGUGUUCAUCAACGGUGACCCCGAGUAUGGUGUCUGGACUGCUGGCCAGGUCAUGGGUCUCAUUAAUGACAUCCCGACUUGCAAGGAUCUAAUUGUACGCAUCGAGAAGGAGGCCGAGGACACGAUCAAGGAGAAGGUCAAGCUGUUUACCGCGCCGUCGAAGCUAUAG